GAAAUGAUGAAAUGGAUAUUUUGAAACUAAAUGGUUUAGAUGAUAUUCUUGUAAUGAAUGAAAAUGAUAUUUCUUCUUGGAUAUUUUGUAUUAUAGGAUUUGGUAUAAUUGCCAUUGUAAUUAUUGCAUUUUUGCAUUUUAACCACACAAGUGCAAUAAUGGGAACAUUGUUAGAUAAAGCAAAAGCAUUUGUUCAAGGCUUAUUAUGUAGUGAUAAAGUAAUCAAAUUACUUAAUGCUGCAAAUAAUUAUUUAUCUAGUUACUCCAAAAGAGAUGUAUCAAAUGAUACAAAAUUAAAAAUAAAAAGAGUUUUUACCCACAUUGACAAAUCUGAGAAAAUUGAUAAACGAGUUGAAGUAUUUUUAAGAAAGGUGAAUACUCGUUUAUUGGAAUCUGUAUUGAUGAAAUGUAAAAUAGAACUCGAUAAUGAUCAAAGUGGUUUAAAUUGUUUUUACUCAGCAAAUAUUUUUGCCGAUGAUAAAAUAACUGCCAAAGUAAAAUCUGUAAUUGACAAAAUUGUUUUGGAUGUUUCCCAACAAAUAAAAGAAGAGACUAAAAAGAGUUUAAAGUAUGAUUCGUAUGCUGAGAGGUUGCAUGAAUUUGCAAACAAUAUCAUGAUAAACAAUGAACUUUUAAAAGAUUUAUGGAGUUCUAUACAUCGAUUAUUAACAAUAUCAAAUAUUAAUACACUCGAUUCAAAUGAUUGUCCAAACUCUGAUAUUAAUAAAAUGAUUGAAAUAUUUCUUAAGAAACAAUUAAUGACUCGGAUCACUGAAGAAGGUAGAAAAGUUGUUAAACGUGUUUAUUACAAACGCGAUUUAGAAAUGUAUAGAUGCUUAACUGAGUUAAAUAAGAAUCACAAAAUCGAUGAUGAAGAUUUAAAGAAAAAGUUAUAUGAAAAACGGAAAAAAGAUCUUGAGGAAACUACAGACAUACAACUAGAAAAUGCUUUGACCAAAGAUUAUUUCAGGCAGCUAUCAAAGUUGCUCGACAGAACUAGACAAAUACAUCUACUCGCAGAAUUGUUAGAAGAAAAUACCCCUGUAUCAGAAAUAUAUUUACCAGUAAUGACCCAAGUUGUUCCUCAAGUGCUCGGUUUUAAAUAUUUAACAAUCGUUUGUACUACUGACGAUGGUGAUAUUAUUAAAUCGUACACAACUCCAAACUUUAACAACACAUCACAUAUUUCCAUAACGAUUAGCUUAGUCAACAAUAAAUUUCAAUUAUUCGAUAAUGGUUAUAUCAAUGAGUUUAAACAGUUUCUUAAAUCACCUAAUAAUUUAUAUGAAGCUCUGGAUGGAAAGCACAACUGUAUGUUAUCAGAAGAAAAAUUUGGACAACGUGUUGCCAAAUAUAUAAAAGGUAAUGACAACAUAAAAAAUGUUAUUAUGGAUAUUUGGAAAAGUAUUGAUGGUGUCAGCAAGAAGGAAAAUAAGAUUGUGAGGAGAAAAGAUGCAAGAAAAAAUUUUGAUUAUGAAAUUGAAGAGGUGGAAUCAAAUCUAUACUCAAUUAUAGCUCAAGAAGUUAAAAAUGCCAAAACAGAUUCACAAAAUGUCAGAUCUGAUGAUCUCCUAGAAACUAUGUCAAAUUCAAGUCACUCGAGUUUCAGAAGUGCACAAACAACACAAUCUUGUAGUGAUUUUCUAGGAGGGUUGAGAGAUAAUGAUUUUCUGGAAACUGUUUCUAAUGCAAGUUAUCAUAGUUGUGAACGAGAACAAUCUGUAAAUUCUUUUGAUGGACAGGAAAUCAAUCGGCACUUGGAAGUUGGGAGAUCACCAGAAGUGGUGCAGACCAAAAACGGAAGGAGACAUCAUUAUGGCGGUCGUAGGUCUAAACUGAAUAAAGAUAGCAGGCUCGAGAAUUCGAAAGCAAUUAAAAAGAUAGAUAUAGAUGAACAGCUAGUUAACCAGAAAAUGAAAAGUUCAUUAGAACAAUUUGCUUCAAUGUUUUAUGGAUUAAGUGAUGACGAAUGCAAAGAUAUUUUACUUCAAUUAUUAAAACUUCAACAGAUUCCUACAGGAGAAACUAUUUCUGAUGAUUGGUUUCAAGAAUUUAAAUUGUGCCAUAAACUGAAUCUUGCAGGAUCAUCAUUGCUUGCAGAUAAUAUAAAUAUGUUUUUCAACAAGCUUGAAAAUCUAAUUGAAAAGCUUUCUUUGACUGAUGGAAGUCGUAUUUUCUGUUUAGAUGAAACAUGCUUCCAUUAUGAUAAAGUGAAUGAACAAGGAUCAAAUGUUUUUACGGCUUGCUGUAUUGUAAGCGCUGAUGGAAAAGCAUUGGCUCCUACAGUAGUUUUACCAGACACAAAGCUGGUUAAAAAUUUACCUACAAACAAUUUUUGGUUUACGAGUUCUAAUGGUUUGCCAAAUUUUGAUUUAUUUACUGGAAUUAUGAGUCACUUUAUUAAAUAUUCUUCUUCAUCUAACCAAAAUCCAAGUAUUUUAAUAUUUGAUGAUCAUAAAUGCCAUAUGUCAGUGGAAGCUUUGAAUUUGGCUCAAAGUUCUGGUGUACAUAUAUUGAUAUUGAGUCGUGAAAUGUCUUCUUAUAUGUUGCCCAUAAAAGUAGGAAUUUCUGACUUAGUUCAAUAUGUGUAUAAAGAGCAGUAUUCGAAGAUCAGGAAUAUUAAAAAAGUAAUGAGUGGAGAUGAUGUAUUGAAAAUUGCUCUGGAUUUGUUCAACAAAUUUUUCACUGAGAAAAUGAUUACAAAUGCUUUUCGGAUUUGUGGUAUUUAUCCCUUAGAUCGAAUUAUUGUGGAAGAAAAAUGUUUAAGGUGAUUUUAUUUAGUAUUAAUUUACACACACAUAAACAUACAUAUAUCUGAUUUAAUUAACUACACAUCGACAAGUUAAUUUAUUUUACCUGAUGA